AUGGAAAGAUUGGUGAAAGAGCUUGGAUACCAACUUCCAUUUGAUUUCUGGUUUGUAUCAAAAAAUCAAGCAAUCAAGGAUGGUAAGAGUAUUGUUACUGAUAAAGAUGUACUGGAGAUGUUUGAUGAUAUGCGGUUAUGGGGUUAUAGUUAUGUGGAUGUGUAUGUUAGUGGUCCUUAUAUCCCUAAUAAGCAUGAAACUAGGGAGGCUGUUUAUGAGGAUGUUGCUAAUGAGGAUUAUGGUGAGGAUGAUGGUGAUGACCAUGGUGAGGAUGAUGGUGAUGAUAUGGAAGAACCAGUGGUUACACAAGUGGAAAAACUAGGCCAAGAUGAAGAGGAAGUUAGGCAGCAAGAGAACAACAUAACACCACCAAGUCAAUGGUGGAGCACUGUGAAUGAAGUAUACACUCAAGUGGAUGGGGAAAUUUCAGAUGGAUUCGAAGAUGAGGAAGAUCUAAACAGCCUAAACAGUGAUGAUGAUGAGCCUAUUCCUAGGAGAAGUAGAAGGCAAUUUGUACCUAUUGAUGAAUGGGCUGAUUUCAAGUUUAGUGUUGGGUUGGAAUUUGCAAGUGUUGAACAACUUAGAGAAGCUCUAAAGGAACACUUCAUAAGCAAAGACAGAGAAUUCAAUUACCUCUUCAAUAAUCAUACAAAGUUAAAGGCUAUUUGUAAGGCCACUGGCUGUGGGUGGUCUUUGUAUGCUCGGGUCCUAAAGAGGGAUAAUUUGACAUUUCGGAUUAACACCUUGGUGGAUGAACACAACUGUGGGAUUAGGUUAAAUAGCAAGCUGGUGGAUGCACCUUGGUUGGCAAAACACUUCUUACCCCAAUUCAGAAUGAACUCAAACAUGCACUAUGAAAACUUCAAGGAACUCACUUCGAACAGUAAGUUUUCUCACACUAGUAGACACAUAUUUUAUGCUGCAAAGAAUAAGGCUCGGCUAAUGCUUAAGGGUUCUGUGGUUGAGCAAUAUGCAGUGCUUGAUGAUUAUUGCAAACAACUAAUGAAACUGAUGCCAGGCAGUACUACCAUUAUUAAAAGAAAUAUGGUGGCUGAUAAGAGGGUGUUUGAGAGGGUCUACAUAUGCUUAAAAGCAUGUAAAGAUGGCUUUAAGUCUUGUAGGCCUUUGGUUGGCUUGGAUGGAUGUUUUUUAAAGGGGUAUUGCAAAGGGAUACUACUUGCAGCUAUUGGUAUUGAUGCUGAGAACUCUAUGUUCCCAAUUGCUUAUGCAAUAUGUGAAAAGGAAAACACUGAAACAUGGACAUGGUUUCUAACUCUAUUGAAGGAGGAUUUGAGUGAGGUAGAUCAUAGAAAUUUUACAAUGAUCAGUGAUAGGCAGAAAGGCUUAUCAAAUGCCUUGUCCACCCUCUUUGAAGGUGCAGAGAUUAGAUUCUGCAUGAGGCAUUUACAUUCUAACUUCAAGAAGGAGUUCCCCAGUCUAUUGCUAAAACAAAAAUUAUGGGCAUGUGCGCGAGCAUCAACACCUGAAGAAUUCAAGAGAAAGAUGGCUGAACUGAAGGGUGUUAAUGAGAAGGCCUUUGAUUGGCUAAUGAAGAAAAGUCCCUCUGAAUGGUCCAAAAGUCAUUUCAUGUAA